CCCUUUCGCAGUUAGUUUGCAGCUAAUUGAUCUGCCGGACGGUCGACCACUGCUCCGUGAGUGAAGGCAACCGAGCUGCGGUCAUGGUCCCUGGCGGACAGAAGUUUCAGGAUGAUACCUCAAGGAGAAGUAACUGCUCCAUUAUCGGGCAGCAGCACGGCUAAACUCCAGCUUUUCUACACACCGCGAGGCUCGGGCACCUCCGACCAGCCCCUCCCCCCUUUUUUCGUGCAGCGAAAACAACAAACUGGAGGAAGAUUUGAGCAUUCUCAGUCUUGGGAACUACAGUCUCCAGCAUACCCUGACGAACACCUGAGGGAGGAGCCAGAGGGACUGUCAAACUCUGCUCCAUAAUAACUGUGGGUGCUGUAAUUUGCACGCUCAACCCUUGGAGGAGCUCAAAACUAUGAAACUGAAAAGUGAACUGAACUCUAUCACCUACAGAAUAUCACAAGUUAUUAGCCCAAAAUAUUUGUGCAUGGAUCGGGCACUCAAUAUUCAUAAAAAAUUUUGAUAUCAAAACAACAAUUCUCCAGCCACUCAAACUUUUGUAAAGAGAAUCAAUACUAUGCACCACUACACGUUUGCAAUCCAGAAUCUCAGCU